AUGUCUGUUGGAGGUAUAGAUGCCUUCCUCUACACGGCGCCUAACUGCCCCGGUCGUUUUGGGGGGCAAGGCAGCUACUUCGUCUGCACCAACCUGAGACGAAACACUUGCUGUGGCAUUGAUAUCAUCGACAGUCCCAUUCAGUCUGUUGGUCUUUGGAAUAUCGGAGACGGGUUUACAGUACGGAUGCUCGCAUACAACGGGGGUAACUGCACCAACCCCGUGGCUUGGCGAGGCAAUUCAUGGGGCGGACAGAUUUGCAUAUCGGAUAUGGCGUAUCGGUACACUGGUUGUGACUACAGCUUUGGUCUUGCCAAGAGGGGUGCGUCAAGAGACAAGGUUGGGUGUCAGAGGCCUGAUGUCCUUGUUAUACCUGACGGAACUGAGUAUGACUUGAGUCGCCUCAGUGAUGACAAUUUCGAGCAAAUGGCUAUUUCCCGUUCGACAACAGAUGCGGAGACGGUCAAGCCUGUGCGCCAGCAACGGGACCUGACAAACGAUGUAUCGAGUGACUGUUCUGGUGCUAGUUCGGCACCUUUAAGGUCUGAAAACUUUGAUUACUAUAUCCGCCUUGGCGAAAAUAACUUUGGUUCUGUGAUCAACGAUGCUACAAGAAGUCUACCAGGAACGUCCGGCUCAAACGUUGUGGGAGUUGAUCAGAUUCGCCGAGCUAUCGAAUAUCGAACUGUUGGAUCCAUAGGCGGAGCCCUCGGAGCUUUCAACAUGGAGACUUGGAUUGCAGUCUUGCAGCUUUGGGACGAAGAAGUCGGCCUUCAAUACCCUCUUCUCAACGUACACCAGCUUCUCGAAGAGAUUGAUGCAGCAAAACAGGACGCUGCUUCACCAAAGCUUUCUCCUGGGAUUAACCAUCAGUAUGCUGCCGAUAUCGCCUUUCUUGUACUAGCAGUACUAUCAUGUAUCAAAGACGCAAGCGCAGUUGAGGUGGCUGAUCCUGCGAUUCAAGAACUUUAUGGAACCGUUUUAGUCCAAGUUCACACUGGACACGUCAAGCGUGAACCCUUGGUGUUAUUGCUCCUGACUGCCGUUUAUUCAUUCCUCGUUGAUCGCGAGGUUCUGGCAUGGAGAACUACAGGGACUGUUCUCCGCCUGCUCCAGGAACUUGAUUGCGAAGAGGGCAAUGGUCACGACAAUGAAAUCGAUGAUAGAUUCUUCUGGACAGUCUAUACACUAGACAGGAGAUGGAGCUUCGGCACAGGGCUGCCAUUUGCCCUCUCAGAUACCGAUAUCACUCGGAAGACCAAGCCGGAUGACGGAAGUAUCUCAUCAGCAUAUUUACACCAGAUGAUUUCCUACUGUGGCAUCGCCUCUGAUGUUCGAAAGUCACUACUCAGCCCUUCUCCCUCAGCUGCGUCUUCAACGUCGACGCGCGAUUUCCUCGAGUUCCGUGUUCUGCAGUGGCAACAGAAUUUGCCAGAGAGAUUACGAUUCCAAGGCCCGCAGGAUAUUUUUGACUCGUCUAAAGAAACAAGAGGUGAAUACAGACUUAGAUUGUUGCUCUAUCUAAGGGCCAAUCAAAUGAGGAUCGUCAUUCAUCGCAAGUUCGCUACACGGUCAGAAAUGGACCCUCUUGGCCCUUCCUCAACUCGCACCAUGAUUGGAGUUGCUCAAGCCACUAUUCAUGUACUUCUUGCAGUCGCUCGCGAGACGGACAUAUACUAUGCUCAGCACAAGACUUUCAACCACUUUUUAGAAACAGCCUUGUCCUCACUCCUCUUGGUACUUUGUUCACCUGAAGCGUCCAACCAUUCGUCAUGUCUGACAGAUGUUUUCAUGGCGAUGGAGUUUAUAGGACAAUUGGCCAAGAGGUCACCAAUUUCCGAAAGGUUGAAGAAUAAGUUACAAGGCAUUCAACAGCUGAUCUUUGAAGCCAACGGACAGAGUCUAAGACCCUCACAUGCUCAGAAACUGGCCAGAGAUACUACAACGUUGGAAGGCGCCUCGCAAAUCAACAAUGCAGCAGCAAGUAUGAAUUCUGAAGCUAGGAGGUCCGUAGCACAUCUAGAACAAGGAGAUAUGCUCACGAAUCCACUCAGCACAUGGCCGACGGUCCAUCAACUACCACUUCAACAAACAAGAAGUAACGCGGUCGUGGAACCGCAAGCAGAAACAAUUGUUCCGUCACCGACGACAUCUGGCCCAAAACCCUCUCAGCCAAUCUGGAUCAAUUAUGAGGGUCCAUCCAGCCUUGUAGUUGCGGCUGAUCAAAGUUCUCCAGUACAGUGCGUGUCAUUCGAAAGUGUUCCUAGAUUUGAAGGACUGUGGCCACUUCCAUCCACGGAUCCCUCCGGUUCGCAAGAAAUGGACUUCACCAGCGAGGAUCUCGCCAUCUUUCGCUCUCCGGACAUGGCUGAGAUCUUGAAAGACUACGAUUCCUUCUUUUUCUAG